AGUAUAUCUGAAUUUAUUCUUGAAAGUUACAUUCGUAGAAUUUUACCUAGCAGAAAAUGUCUGGCCGUGGAAAAGGUGGUAAAGGUCUUGGCAAAGGGGGUGCAAAAAGGCAUCGCAAAGUGUUAAGAGAUAACAUCCAAGGAAUCACCAAACCAGCAAUUAGGCGUUUGGCAAGACGUGGCGGUGGUGUAAAGCGUAUCUCGGGCCUCAUCUAUGAGGAGACAAGAGGAGUACUUAAAGUUUUCUUGGAAAAUGUUAUUCGAGAUGCAGUUACCUAUACUGAGCAUGCAAAAAGGAAAACUGUCACUGCCAUGGAUGUCGUUUAUGCGUUAAAGAGACAGGGACGUACACUCUACGGAUUUGGUGGUUAGAGACCUUUACUUUCCCCACACCCUGCUCUUUAAAAAAAAAAAAAAAAAAAAGGCCCUUUUCAGGGCCA